UUCAGUGUUUCUCCGCGCUUCCGUUCGUGCGUUUUGGUUGUGGUUCGGUGUGGAAGAGAGUAAAGUCGGUUAGGCUUCGAAGUUGAAAUUAGUGUUUUGCGGAGAGAAAUUACAAAGUCAUCACCUUUCAAGUAACGUGAACAAAAUGGCUGAAAGUAAGGGUGCGUUGAUCGCAAAGACAGUGCAAAAACACGCAGGCAGAGCAAAGGAGAAGUUUCUUCAAAAUCUGGGCAAAGUUGAUAGAACUGCAGAUGAUAUAUUCGACGAACAUCUGCAGAACUUCAUGAGACAGCAGAAUGCAGCGAAUAGAUUGCAAAAGGAGUUCAACAAUUACAUCAGGUGUGUUCGAGCAGUACAAGCAGCGUCGAAAACACUCAUGGAUUCCCUAAACGAGAUCUACGAAAGCCAAUGGACCGGCCAUGAUCUUCUCUACGUGCAGGCUCAAAAUCUGGACAUGUUGUGGCAAGAUUUCACUCAUAAGCUCGCGGAUCAAGUUCUCGUGCCUCUCAACACAUAUCAAAGCCAAUUUCCAGAGAUGAGGAAAAAAAUUGACAAACGUGGACGGAAGCUGGUAGAUUAUGACAGUCAAAGACACAAUUUCCAAUCACUACAGUGCAAUCCAAGAAAACGGGACGAACUUAAAGUUUCACGAGGAAAAGAGUUAUUGGAGGAGGCUAAGCGUACAUAUGAACAACUUAAUUCUGAACUUCAUGACGAAUUACCUGCCUUGUACGAUUCUCGUGUUCUUUUCCUUGUUACUAAUUUGCAAACGUUAUUCGCUGCUGAACAAGUGUUUCACACUGAGAGUGCUAAGGUGUAUUCCGAGUUAGAAGCAAUCGUUGAUAAACUGGCUAACGAAAGUCAAAGAGGAUCAUACACGCUGAAAAAGAAUACCGAACCACAGUCUCCAAAAUCACCUAACGCCAAUUCUGCUUUAAUAAUCAACACACAACCAGCUCAAAAUAACAUUUCACCAGCCGUGGAUGAUUCUGCUCCACCAGCAAGAAACACAUCACCGACUACUCAAUUAAAUGGCAAUGCUAACAGCAAUGCUAACAGCAAUGAUAAUUCUCUCAAUAACCAGGAUGCAUCUCCACAAAGCACAGUUACGGCCUCUAAACGAGUAGAAGAGUUGUAUGAUAUUCCAGUUGGGGCAACGACUGACAACUUGCCACCUGGGGUUUUGUACAGAGUCAAGGCUACUUACAAAUAUAGACGCGAAGAUAUGGACGAAUUGUCAUUUGAUGUCGGUGAUAUUAUUCGUGUGGUAGAGUAUGAUGAUCCAGAAGAACAGGAACAAGGUUGGUUAAUGGGUAUCAAGGAAGGUACGAAUGAAAAGGGUAUGUUCCCAGCAAAUUUCACAAAACCGCUGUGAAAGCUUUACUAAAUUUGUCUAUUACACUCCAAUGCUCACUGAAACGGCGUAUUCUAUUUUAAGAAUAGUUACAAUAUUAAAAGUGAGAGUCAUGCAGUCAUCUGAGGUAUUAUAUGUUUAAAAGAGAUAAAUAAUAAAUACACAAUGAGGGGCAAUGGGAAGGGAAAAGGGGUGUGAUGAGAAGAUAGUUAUGCUGGAGGGUACUGUGGAAAAUUAAGCACCCCAAAGUGCCUUAACCCAGCCACUGUCUGUGCCAACAUUCAUUGUUUGUAAUAUGGGAUUAUUCUUCCAUAUCCAAUGUACGAAUACACAUCAUUAAUAAUCAAAUGAAAUAUUUAAGUAAUUAAAUAAUAUAUUGUACUACAUCAUGCAAUAC